CCCUGUAAUUUUUCAAGAAAAUGAUAUUCUCCCUCCCCUAGCUCCUCUAUUGGGAUUCCAAACCCAAACCCGAACCUGACCCACCCACCAACAUUAAGGAUUACGAGCCAUGGUUCUCGAAUCAGAGGUCAAAAUCGACAUAUCAUAUCCAUUCGGUAAACUUAAUGGAGUCGAUAAAGAUGAUAUAUGUGAAACUGCAUACGAAGUAUUUUUCACAUCGUGUCGAUCCUGUCCUGGGUUCGGGGGCAGGACCGCAAUUGCAUUUUAUUCACAUAAUGAUAAUAAUGGAGACAAUAUUAAUAACGGGUCGGGUUGUCUGGGUUCGCCGGGCUCUCCAUCACGUGGGACCGGGGUGGGGAUGGUGACACAUAGUAGAAUAAAAAGGGCGUUGGGAUUGAGGAGUCAAAAGAGAAUUCCAUCAAGAAGAUCUUCUAUUGGUGGGAGCCCUUCCCAUAAUUCAGGAGGUGGGCCCGGAAGCUCAUUUUCAGGGCAUACGUAUGGAUACGAUGGGCAUACGUAUAGUCAGAGUAGUCCAGGGAUUUCAUUUACGGUGCCUACUCGAACAACAAGGAGGCCUUUGACAUUAGCAGAGAUAAUGAGGGUGCAAAUGAGGAUUAGUGAACAAAGUGAUAAUCGGCUUCGUAAGACCCUUAUGAGAAUUCUUGUUGGCCAAAUGGGAAGACGAGCAGAGACAAUAAUCCUUCCACUAGAGCUAUUACGCCACUUAAAACCAACUGAAUUCCGGGACAAUGCAGAGUACUAUUACUGGCAACAACGACAGCUAAAAAUCCUGGAAACAGGCCUAAUCCAUCAUCCAUCCAUCCCACUCGAGCACCAAAACUCCUUGGCAUUAAAGCUCAAAGAAAUCAUCGAACAAAACAAAGACAAACCAAUCGACACAUCCAAAAACUCCGAAACCAUGAAGCAACUUUCAAAUAUUGUCUUAUCCUUAGCAUGGCGCGGGUCUAAUAGCCAUCCGACUGAUGUUUGUCAUUGGGCAGACGGGUACCCACUUAACUUACACCUCUAUGUCGCACUACUUACUUCAGUGUUCGAUAUUAAAGAUGAAACUUGUGUGUUAGACGAGGUGGAUGAACUUGUCGAGUUAAUGAAGAAAACAUGGUCAACAUUAGGGAUCAAUAGAGCUAUUCACAAUGUGUGUUUUACUUGGGUGCUUUUCGAGCAGUAUAUCUUAACAGGGCAAACGGAGCCGGAUCUUUUGAAUGCGACUUUGACUAUGCUUGUUGAGGUUGAAAGCGAUGCUAAGAAGCUUAAAGAAAGAGAAGGAGAUUAUGCUAAGACUUUAGCUUCUAUUUUGAGCUCGAUUAUUGAGUGGUCGGAGAAGAAGUUGCUUGAUUAUCAUCAAGCUUUUUUGGGUAAUAGUGCUAGUUUCAGGGAGAAUGUAUUAGCUCUUGUGUUACAUGCUAGGAAGAUUUUGGAUGAGGGUAUUGCUCUUACUAUUGUGGGUAAGCAAGAGCUUGUAGAGAAUGACAAUGACAUUGUGCAUCAUUUGUGCGAUAAUCGUGUUGAGUUUUACAUUCGUUCUUCUCUAAGGAAUGCAUUUACAAAGAUGGCAGAAGGUAUGAGAAUACCCAUCAAGCAACUAGAAGGAGAAAAGGAAGUGAGUGAAGCUCUUGUAAUACUAGCACAAGGGACAGAAGAAUUGGCAGUAAAAGAGAAGGAAAACUAUAGCAGCACACUAAAAAAGUGGCACCCAGUAUCUGCUGCAAUAGCAUCAGUCACAUUACAAAAUUGUUAUGGAAAUAUUUUGCAGCAGUAUUUGUCUGGUGUAUCCAUGCUUACUACAGAGACCAUAAGUGUGCUUCAUAAAGCUACUAGACUUGAGAAAAUUUUGGUGCAAAUGGUUGUUGAAGACACUGUUGAGUGUGAAGAUGGAGGGAAGUCUAUUGUUAGAGAUAUGGUUCCUUAUGAAGUUGAUUCUAUUAUUAUUAAGCUUUUAAGAAAGUGGAUUGAGGAGAGGCUUCGAAUGGCGAAAGAUUGUGUCCAAAGAGCCAAGCAAACCGAAACAUGGAAUCCAAAAUCUAAAGCAGAGCCAUUUGCACAAUCAGCAGUGGAACUAAUAAAGAUAGCUAAGCAAACAAUUGAUGACUUCUUUGAAAUUCCCAUUGGACUCUCUGAUGAUUUAGUCCAAGAUCUAGCUGAUGGUCUCGAGCGUGUUAUUCGAGAAUAUUCAGGCUUUGUAGCAGCUUGUGGAACAAAACAGAGUUAUGUCCCAACACUUCCUCCUUUAACAAGAUGCAGUAGUGAUUCAAAGUUCACAAAACUUUGGAAAAGAGCGGGUUGUAAUGUUGGUAUGCACGAGCUUCACAAUUACAUGACCGUAAUAGAAGGCCAUCAUGCACGACCAUCAACAAGUCGUGGCACUCAACGUCUCUACAUCCGCCUAAACACCCUGCAUUUUCUCCUCUCGAACCUCAUUUCCCUCGAUAAGACCCUCGCCCUCUCUCCCCGUGUCAACAUGAGAAACCUUGGCAAUUCAACAACCUACUUUGAACUUGCUCGGGCCUCAAUGCAGGGUGGGAUUAAACAUCUAUCAGAGGUGUCAGCUUACAGGCUUAUCUUCUUAGACUCAUGUUCUGUGUUUUAUGAAUCGUUGUAUGUUUUUAGAGUCCUCAACUCAAGGAUUCGGCCUGCAUUACGAAUACUAAAGCAAAACCUCACCCUUUUAGGCGCGAUUUUGAUAGAUCAUGCACAACCAUUAGCAGCAACGGAGUUGAUGAAGGCCACGUUUGAAUCCUAUUUAAUGGUAUUGCUUGCAGGAGGGAGUACUCGAAGCUUCUGCAGGUCAGAUUAUCAGAUGAUUGAGAAGGAUUUCGAGAGCUUAAAAAGGGUAUUUUGUACUAGUGGAGUCGGACUAAUAGCUGAAGAUGAUGUGGAUAAACAAGCCGAUGUGGUUCAAGGGGUGAUUAAUCUUAUGGGACAAUCAACUGAACAAUUGAUAGAAGAUUUCAGCAUUGUGGCUUGUGAGAAGAGUGGUAUGGAUAAUACAGCAGGAAAAAGGCUACCUAUGCCACCCACCACAGGAAAGUGGAAUAGAUCUGAUCCUAAUACGAUACUUCGAGUUUUAUGUCAUCGAAAUGAUCGAUCAGCUAAUCUUUUCUUAAAGAGAACAUUUCAUUUGCCUAAGAGGAGAUGAUCAUCAUGUUCACCAAAGUCUUUCCCUACAUAUUCGCUUAAUGAGUUUACAUAUUUAGUUAAAAGUUGUAGCGUGUUUUUUCAGCUACGGUAUUGGAUAAUUUCGAAUCAAACUCUGACAAUAUGUAUACUCUGGGCCUGAUAUGUACACCUUUUAGUAAUUGCAGAUAUUCAUGAAAAUUUCAUUGGAAAUAUGUACACACUGAGAGUGAAUAUGUA